UAACCUCCUUUCUCUCUCUCCCUCUCCCCCUCCUUAUUUAUCUCCCUACUCCCCCCCUGUGCUGCUAUGCACCAAUCACUAGUAUUUGAGAGUGAGAGAGAUCGAGACUUGCGUUUCUUCUUCAUUUGUUGAAUUGUGCCUUCAUAUUUCUCCUCCCUACUCCUUCAUAGGCCACUUUAUUUUUCUGUCACCAAUCAAUAAUACUUGAAAGAGGAGACUCUUGGUUUCUUCUUCAUCAUUUGAAUUGAACCCCCCCAGUUCUGAUAUAAAGCCAAUUAUAGUGGAGAUCCGUACUCUCCCUAUACACCACCUAGCUUUCUUAAACCAACCCGUACGAAGAGAGGGGAAGAGAUUCAAAUUUGCCUAUCUUCUUCUUCAUUUUUCGCAUUUAAGCCUCACACUGCAAACAUGGGCAACUAUAGGUUCAGGCUAUCUGACAUGAUGCCAAACUCUUGGUUCUACAAGCUCAAAGACAUGAGCAAAGCCACAGCACAUAACCCUCCAAAGAAAAUCCUCCACCAUCCAAAACCAACAUCUAAACGACCAAAGUCAUCUUCAUCCUCAAAGCAAUUCCCUCCACAAAGCCAACUCUACAUCCCGAAUAGAGCCUCCUACUACUUUCCGAGCAGGGUCAAAACAGAGAAAACCCCAGUUUCUCCUUCUCAUCAUAAAGCGUUGGACACCCAUUUCCCUAUUUCCCCACCAAGAAAAUCCAAGAAAACAGCCCAGAAAAAGCCCAUUAAACCCUCUCCACAACCUUCAUCAACCGACAUAAUCAUCGACAUGAAAAGCUUAAAGCCCAUUCAAACAAAGCCCACGAAGACAAUCGAGGCAGAGAUCGACGGCAAGCACAUAAUGCUGAAGAGAGCUCAGCAAGGACUCCAUCGGAUCAAAGUUAAGCCAAGCUCACCCAAGGUUGAGAUAAAGAACUUGCAGGCUGGUCGAUAUCGAAGAAUGGCGAAUUCGAAGAAAUUGGGAGAGAGUUUUGCUGUGGUGAAGAAAUCUGCAGACCCACGUAGAGAUUUUAGAGAAUCGAUGGUAGAGAUGAUCGUUGAGCAUGAUAUCAGAGCUUCCAGGGAUUUGGAGGAGUUGCUUGCUUGUUAUUUGUCAUUGAAUUCAGAGGAGUAUCAUGGGGUGAUUGUUAAAGUGUUUGAAGAGAUUUGGAUUGAUCUCACUGAGGUUAGAGUUUAGUGAUUAAGCGUGCGGGGUGGUGUUUUUAUCUAGGAUAUGUAAUUGUAAUUGUAAUUGUAAGAAAUUUAGUUAUAGUUAGAUUAUAUAUAGCUAUAUUUAUUAGAUUAUUGUCUCUGUUUUUUUAUGUUUGUCUUUCUUUUUUAAAGUGUGACGGUGAGGUUUUGCCAAUGAGUGAAAGGGAAGCGCGGGGUCGCCAUCUUAAAGCAUUUAUUUGGGUCAGCCGAAACGUAAUAAGCAGUACCCCUAUUGUAUUUAUAUCACAACAGGGUC